AUGCAAAGCACUCACUCUAUCUCCAACCUACGUGGACCACGCUAUGUGUGCAUGAUACCUGAUGGGGGGUUUGCAGUGAGUGAAGAAUGUGGCGAAGUCAAGCUCUUCGACAGCAGUCACAAACUGGUCUCUUCCAUCAGCAGCAAAUACGGCCACUGUUUUGGCAAUCCUGCUGGCAUCUGUGCUGAUAAGGAAGGCAAUGUCAUUGUUGUAGAUGAACAGCAUCAGAAAGUGCACCUAUUUCCUAGAAGUGGCUCUCCGAUCUGCCUGGUCUCUAAAAGUCUGCUGAGACCAACAGGAAUUGCCUGUUCCACUGAUGGGUUACUUUUUGUCACCGAUAGUGGGGACAAUGAUGUCAAAGUCUUCAAGUAUCGCGUGAGACCCCAUUACAGUUCUGACAUUCUAUGUAUGCCUGGUGACAGUCCAAAUUAUUCACCUCAUGGGAAGGUAGGAUAG